AUGAGCAGCAGAGCUCUGUCACAAUACACCAAAAAUCCACCAAAAAAGGAGCAAGACAAUCACAAUGUUUCUUCUAGCUCAUUCAUCAACAGCACCCAAUUGGAAAGCCUCCAUCGAACUAAAUCGAAUCUGAAGGGACACUCAUUUGAUACCAUAAAUAGCUUGCAUGACGAUUUCUCCUUGAGUAACACAAGCUCAGUUCUCAAGUCUCAAGAUGCGGAGGAUGUUGCAAAUUGGAUUGACAAAAUCAAGGCACGGUAUGAAAGUUUAAGGUCGAAACAGCGACAGGAACUUGAUGAAUUGCUCCUUCAAAAGAAAGAAGAAGACAGGAAAAGAAAGUUGAAAGCAGAAAUGCAAAGAAAACAUUUUGACAAAGAUUUUGCAAAGUUAGGGAAAAUACUACAACAAAGAGAGGCCGAAGAGACGCGGAAAAAGGAGGCAGCCGCUGAGGCAUUGUUACAAGCAGGAUCGCUGUCUGAAAAUGCACCAUCUUCUUACCCCGACCAGUUGCCUCAUUGGGCACACCACAGGAAAGAGGAACGUGUCGAUGAAGAAGACGACGAUGUGGAAGAAAUCGAAAUCGAAAUCGAUAGUUCUGAUCAAGGCGAGGCGGAACUGGGAUACAGUCAAAACGACGAGGAAGAUACCGAUAUGGAAAGUGCAGAAGUACGCGCGAUGGACCUUGGCGUUUCCGAAAAUAGUGAUGGUGUGAUUGAAAUUGCCUCUAGUUCAGAAGCAGACGAAGAGCUGCAAAAUGAGUCAUACAACCCCUCUUCUACCUCCAAUCAACAACACAGUUCACAUCAUGGCUAUGGAAAUGAUUUGCAUCUUUAUCAAACAGCGCAUAGUGCACUAACAUAUGCACCACCUUCUGCGGGGAAGAUAGAUUCUUAUGGAGAUAGCCUUUCUUACGCUACUCAGGAGCACACUACAGGUGAUGUUUACCAGAGAACUGAAUAUAAUGAGGAAGGAGAGUAUGAAGAAUAUUACAAUGUGGAGGAGGAGUAUGAAGACGAAAGAUACGAACAAGAGUAUGCGGAUAAAGAUAAUCGAAGUCCUUACCAGCCAGAACGGAAUUAUGCAGCUUACGAUCCAAAGAUUUCAGGGAGAGAAUCCAUACGCCCUCAUGCAGAUGACAAUGAUGGGCAGAAAAUUGAUUCUGAGUUAGAUUAUGAGUCAGAUGAGGAAGAGGGUGAGGAUGAAGAAGGUGAAGAAGAAGAUGAGGAUGAAGAAGGUGAAGAAGAAGAUGAGGUUGAGGUUGAAUCACCUUUUGAAAAAGAGCUCAUUACAAAACAUGACGAUUCCCUUGAAGAGGAUCUUCAGUUACAGAAAGAUGUUCGAUUCCUCAACAACGAGUCAGAGUAUGACGAAUUCAAAUCGAUAAUACAAGGUAAUGAUUACAAGCAAACUUCUCGAGUGGAGGUGGAUCAACUGCUGGGUGAAAGUAGCAUGGACUCGGGCAUUGAAUCACUCGAUUACGGUGAAUACGCUUCCAUAGAUGCAAACUUUCCAAAACAUAAUGUGGCUCCUGCUUCAGCAAAUACAAGAUCUCUUGUGUCUCCUCACCUUUCAGAGUCGGAAGACUUACGCUCAAAUUUGGAUUCACAAGCUGAAGGGUUUGCGGACGAAGAAGAAGACAAUGAAGAGAAUGAUUAUCCUCGGAACGCUCCUUCGAAUGCGUACAAUAUUUUAAAAACCAUCAAAUCGUUUGGCGAUAGAUCCUUGCACAAUUUCAAAGAGGCUCAAACUCAAUCAGGGUAUAUGGCCGACGCGGAAUACACUGAUAAUAAUCUACCAAAACAUUCAAAAGAUGAUGAUGCCGACUCUGACGCCCACUUGAGUCAUCAGGAUUACCGUCCCGGUGAGUUGGCUCCAGUACCAGAUCCAUUUUACGCGCAAGAAUUGAGCGAGCAGAGAAUGAAGGUUAAUGAUCUAGACGAGAAUAGAUCUGAGGGCUCGUUAGCUGAUGAAAGCCAAUACGAGUCGCAUAGGAGUGAAGCACAUCACCUCAAGGAAGUACAAAUGCAUACUGAUGAUAGCGAAAGUCUCCAGAAGAAACAAGUAGCCUCUGAAUGGAUGCAAGAAAAACUAUUUGAGCCUGUGCCAAAAUCGGAGCUUCCGUGUUCUGUCCAAGCGAACAAUGCCAAAAAUUUCAGUGAUGAGUGCCCACCGGAACCAAUCUUCAAAUCAAUAGAGGAAGAAGAUGAUCCUGUAGUUGUUUUGCAGAACUUGAAAGAGGCCGAAAAAAAAUACAAUAUAAAGAUCGAUGCUGUUGAGGAGCUAGAGAAUACAAUAAGAUCAUUUUCUGAACCACCUGAGGAACCCAGUGAUGCCAAAUCUGUGUAUGAACGAGAUAGCAAUAUUUCGGGAGACUCAAUUUCACAAACUGAGGCCACAAGGAUUUCUGUUCCCGUCUUGGAAAGCAUUGAGGCCGACAGCAGCUCAGGUUCUUCGUUCUACGACUCGAACAGCUUGGGUCUGGAUGAAAUGGAAAUUGACGAAGGUGGUGGUGGUGAUGAAGUGGGAUCGGACUCUGGCGCAUUGUCCGAAGAGCAGAACGGAAUUGAUGGACUGGAGGUAGAUGAAGCACUCGAUUUAUCUACUCAAAAUGUUUCAUUCGGUGACGAACUUGUUGGUGCUAGUGCGGAAUCUGCUGAAAAGAAUGUACCGAAUUCAGAAAGAGAGGAUGACGAAAUGAGCGCAAAGCUCCAGACAAAUGCUAGCGGUGACCAGAGUGGGGAAAUCAUGAGCACAGUUGCCCCAGGUGGUGACAACAUUGACAUCUCGAAACAUCAAGUUUCCGAAGAGGUUGACAGGGAUGACAUUGAUCCCCCAUAUCUUGAUUCAAUACACGAGACCACAUUUGCCACUGAGAAUGACGAGAGUAUGAGAGCAAUAGAUGAAAGCAAGGAGACUAAUAGCUAUGAUGAGUCGAAUGACGAUGUUGAAGAGCUCUUGGGAGUUAUUGCGCCACAAGCGAAAGUCUUGGGUAUUGAGGAGGAGGAGUUACAGCCAGGGCCCCAAAGUGGUGAAAUUCAUGAAAAUAUUACAAACAUUGAGGAGCUAGUUAACAUUGGUGAUGGAUCAGAGAGUGAGAAGGAAGGUUUCACCCUCAAUAAAGAAGAUGGAAUUGGUGCCGGCAUCAACAACUCAAAUAUAAACGAUGAGGAGCGUGCGGACUCGUACGGUGAACAAAACAAUGUUACUAAAACAGCCUCAAAUGAUAAAGGUUCUGUUGAUGAUGGAAGAGUGCUUGUAAAUGCUUCUGAUGAAGAGAAAAUUGGACAAGAACUGGUCUACGCUUUGCAACAGGAUCCAGCCCCAAGUUUUGAGAAUAUCAAUCAUGAACUAGUUCAAGAUGUGAUAGACUUGGCUUAUCGUUUGGCUGAAAAUGAUGAAAUGGAUCGUGAGUUCCAAGAGAAAUCAUUCAAUGGACUGGGUGAGUUUUUUGAUCUGCGGGCUCAAAGACUGGAACCUCAAACUGCAUCCGUGAAAACCAAUGAGGCAAGUUUAGCAAACCCUAGUGGGCUGGUCUUGAAUCCUUCCGAAGUACGCAAAAGAUUGUUUUCUAUUUUUCCCAACGUAGGUCCGUCUGUUAGACCAUCUGGUUCAGUUCGGGUUUCGCUAUCGGAUGAGCAAGGAUCGAGUGAUUUAGAUGAUGAGGAUGACAACGUACUUGAAUUAGCGACAGAAUCAGCCGAGGUGGAUGACGGCGAUGGCAACGACGACGACAUACCGCUACGAGACUCCUCUGGUGGUGAGGAGGAAACCACUCCAAAUUCAAUAAAGAGUGAGACUUUGUCAAUUGAAGCAGCGAGUAAAUUUUUCAAGAAAGUGUUGCGAGGUGAUUAUUUUAGGCAGAGUCAUGCAUCCGAGAGUACAUCUAGUGAUGGCGAGAAUGAGGAUUCCACGACAUCACUGGAAGAAGAUGAGGAAAUACAGAAUGCAGACUCUUUAGUCGAUCACAGUGACAUUCCGGACAAUGGUUCCAAUGUGUAUGAUAUGUCUCAAAUCGAUGACGUUGCAAAAGCGUUAACAAAUGAGGAAGUUGUCAGCAUAGGAAGUCUGACACAAAUCAACUCAAAAGAAAAUGGAUCCAAAAAAGGUCUGUCACCAGAAGAAACUGGUUUUGAAAUAGAAAAGGAUAGCAGUUCUCCUUCUGUUUUACAAGUUGAUGAGCCAACUGGAUUGUUCAAAGACGGAAUCGGAAACUUGGUUAAUACUGUAUCAGACUUUGUUGAGAAAAUGGAUGACGGAGGAUCUGAGAUGAGUGAUACAGGUAGCGACGAAGUCGACAAGGGCAAUGUUGCAAGUCAGAGUACCUCACAAGUUGAUCAGUCGGAUUUUGCACAUGAUCUUGCUUCAGCGGUAACACACUUUGUAGAAGAAAUUGAAGAAGGGGGGUAUUGUGAAGAUGUGAGCGAAUCCAGCGGUGAUAACAGCGUUGAUAAGAGGGUCACCAACCCUAUCAAGUUUGCCGAUUUUGCAUCUCGAAGAUUACACUCAUUUUCAAAAAUAGCAAAGAAGUUGGAGGGACAACUCCUCAGGGAUGAAGUCUCUGACGAAAGAGAUGACGAGGCAAUCAGCAAGGUCGAAGUUGAAAUUACAUACACCAGGCCCUCGACAAGGCGGCGGAGAAGAAGAAAAUCCCGGAGACAUGGUCACCUUCAGACCUCUACUGCGAUGGUACCCGUGAGAAAUCCGGAUGUUACUUUGUCUGCGCCUGUGCUAGAAAAGUUAAUCGAGGACGAGAGUACGGUAAUCGAUGCUAAUCACAGUGAUGAAUUAAUCUCCGAUGAGGAUAAGGUAGACUCGUCGGUCGAGCUAACUGAGCGGACCGAAUUAGAAGAAGGUUCUAGAAAUGCAAUAAGCUCCCUAAGUGGUCUUCUGAGCCAGAGCCCAAUUUCACACGAUCAAGUUGAGGAAGAGACAAUCCAAAAAACGAGUCAGGGGUUCUCAAUAGUGGGUUCUGAUCAGCAGCAUGACUUGAGCGAGUCGCCUGCUCCAAGAUUGGAACAAACACAAGCAACAUUGGAAAGCAUUGCUCGAUUGGACCCUUCAACCCCGUCACUUGUGUUUGAGGAUCCUGCCCCUACAAUUCACAGGCUCAAUCCAUCAAAGAGAAGGCUGCGUUCGAGGAAACGUAGGAUUCUUGGUUUGCAUUUAAGCGAGAUUGCAAAUUUCGGAGCUUUGGAGAACCUGGAUGAGAGCGGUGGUGACAAUGAAGAGAGCGAGGAAAAUUCAAGGGGUAGAAUAAGUGCGGAUCUUCCCGAAUCACUUCGUCAUCUGUCGGCUGUCAGUAUGAAUCACCCCGCAUCCAGAACCAGGUCAAAGUCGCCACUCAAGAAGAAACGUAAAUUGGAAUAA